AUGUCUCUCAAAUCCCCAGAUACCAGAACAGGCAUACCCGAGCCAACUCCCAGCGCAAGCGUCAUUCUUAUCUCAUCCACAAAUGAAGUUCUUCUUCUCCAGCGUACCAAAACCUCCUCAUCCUUCCCAUCAGCCCAUGUAUUUCCAGGAGGGAAUCUCGCAUUACAAGAUGGAGACUGCCCACCCGCAGGGGAUCCAGAACGACACGAAGAUUCCAUCUGUUACCGAAGAGCCGCACUGAGAGAGCUCUUCGAAGAAAGCGGAGUUCUACUAGCCCGAGAUACAAGCUCUGGAGCGAUACUCACGAUUGACGAGAAAAGAAGGGAAGAAGGAAGAAAAGCCAUCCACAGUCAAGCCAUUACGUUCUUGGAAUGGCUAGCGAGGGAGAAUAAUGGCCGUGCCGCGGAGCCGGAUACAGAAAACCUGAUCCCUUUCACGCGCUGGAUUACACCGGCCGGCGUCCCUCAUCGCUAUACAACGCAGAUGUAUCUCUACUUCUUACCUAUACCCCGUGACCACGAGCAAGGUCUAGACACAGAGGUGGUCAUUCAUCCUUGCCAUGAUGGUGGAAUUGAGAUCACCGAUGCUCGGUUCCUGGAAUGCUCUGCCUGGCUCCGGAAGGCUCAGGCGGGACAAGCGAAACUUCUUCCGCCUCAAUAUUUUCUCCUGAGUUUAGCUUCGCAAUUUCUCGAUACAUGGACCCGCAGUCGUCAAUCGCUCGUUGCCCUUAGGCGACAGCGACGGAAAUUCCUCCAAUUCGUGAACGCGGGGUCUCUACCUUGGACGCAAAUCUGCAUUUCGCCAACAAUUGAUAGAAUCUUAUCUGAUGGGCGGGCCUUGGUUAGGCUGGAUAGUCCUGGUCCUGAGUUGGAGGGAUCUGGUCGGAGCGGAGUGAAGGACGUUGUUAUGUUAGCCAGGUUUGAAAAGGAGGGUCCGAGGGAUAUAGAGAUUAUUAAGGAAGACUUGACUAAGAAGAGCAAGUUAUAA